CUAGAGUUACUUUAUUAUUAUUAAUUUGUUAUUUAGUCGGAGGUGGCGACAUGGAGAAUCUCCGUCAAGUUGUGGAUGCCGGAGAAGUCAAGCGGCUCAGCAACGAGUCUGGCGGCGGAGGUCUGGUCGUGGAGCCUCUGGCUGUCGUGGUGGAUGCGACCGGCGGGCAAGCGGGCGUUGAGGACGUGGAGAAUCUCCUCACCAUCUUGUCUCUGCGCCGCUGCCACCACACCUUUGGCAGUGCCAAUAGAUUUUCUCUCUCCCAAAUUCUAAAACCCAUUAAUUCCUUAUUAUUGAUGGAAGAAAAAGGGAACUUAACUCAUUACAAAAUUAGGUCUUUGCCAACUCUAUUUUAUGUUCCUGACUUCAUCACAAACAGUGACCAAAUCCUUCUUCUCAAGAACGUAGUACUCACCCUCAUUCUGCUUCCCUUUGUUCGUCGGAAUUAGUAAGUUGUUACUGUGUUGUUCGCCGGAAUCGCGAAGCCAUCGAAACCGGUGGUGGAGGCGCGUGCCGGCGGAGGUGGAGACAUCGUCAUCGAAAGAGGAAAAAGCUUGUUGUUGUUGUUGUUGUUGUUCAAAUCCCCAAUUAUUCGUUUUCUAUUUGAUAAAUUUCCUUGUUGCUUAACUUCUUCUCCCUCUCAAUCGUGUUUAUAGUUAAUUACUGAAUUCAUGCAAUUUGAUUGUUC